GUGACCGCUCACAUGAUACGCGGGCAGCGUUCUCAAAUAUCCCCAAAAGAUCACAAUCGCUUGUUGUUAAUCAGAGAUUGUUAUCCCCGACGACGUCAUAGCUCAGUUGAAAUCCCAAAGAGAGCGACGCAAUGCCGAAGAAGAUGGGCGUCAACAGCAAAGCCGAGGCGGCUAGGGCUCGCAAGAGCGCCACCGAAUCUGAGCGCAAGGACCGGGAGGCAAGGGAGAAGGAGGAGCGGUACUGGCGCGAAGCCGAGGGGGCCAAGUCGCGCGCCGCCAAGAAGCGCGAGGAGGAGGCCGAGAAGCGAGCCGAGGCCUCUGCUCGGAAAGCCGAGGCCCGCCGCCUGGCCGAGAUGGAGGAGAAGGAGCUCGAGAAGGCUGGCAAGAAGCCCGACAAGAAGGCGAACCGGGUCUCUAUCCCAGUCCCCAAGAUGACCGAGGUAGAGCUGAGGCGUCGGCGCGAGGAGGAGGAAGCCGAGCUCCGAAGGAAGUCUGAAGAGGCCAAAAAGCGGCAGAACCGGACCGCAGCGGAGGAGGAGUACGAAAGGAUGGUGCUGGUAACGAAUACGAAUCGCGACGAAUCGAUAAUUGAGGCGAGGACCGUGGAGGAUGCGAUCGCACAUAUGACCGUCGCUGAUAGUUUGCCGGUUGAUCGCCACCCGGAGAGGCGGCUCAAAGCCUCGUUUAAGGCCUUUGAGGAAGCUGAGCUCCCCAAACUGAAGGAAGAGAAACCGGGCCUUACUCACAAUCAAUACAAGGACAUGAUAUGGAAGCUAUGGAAGAAAUCUCCAGACAAUCCUCUUAACCAGAUUGCUGAAUGAGUGAUCACAGCUGCAUCUUCAACCUAUCACGGCAGGCAGGUUUUCACUGGGGCUUGUUGAGGAGAACUGGAUUUUGCCCAAUGGCGGAGGAUUCGUAGUUUAUGUACCAUGUGGUUUCUGUCCUUAUCUAUGUCCUUCUUACACAAUAAGAUAGAUUGAGAAAAAUAAUGGUCGCUGUAAACUCUUAGUCUAUUGAAUCUGUGGGUAAUUCGUACAGUUGUCAAUAAUUUUUCCCCUUUCAAGUAGUUAACUGUUUGUAUAUGCAGAGAAAUGGUAUUUGGCAUGAAAAUCAGAGAGUUGCUAUUUCCUUUAAUGCA